UGCAGCAGCACUUCAACUUCUCUAUACGCUCGUUUUGAAGCGAUAUUCUAAAGAUGAGAAUGCUGAUAAAGGUGUGCCUCAUUGCAAUGCUUUUGCUGUGCUACGUCCAGUUGGGUUUAGGAAGUGAGCUGAGUGAGAGUGAGGAUCUUCUCAGCUCUGAUAAGAGCAGCGGCAGCAGCAGCAGCAAGGCCAGGGGGGGUCACGCGCCCUCUCACGACAGGAGGCCGGAGCCUGGGAGUCCUCGAAAGAAGCUGAAGAAGACGGGAAGCGGGAGAGUUUCCGCGGGGGAGCGGGAGGACGAGAGCUGCACCAGGAUGGGAGGAAUCUGCCAGCCGCGCCGUUACAUCUGCCAGGGCCGGUACCUGAAGGACAAGUGCUCCGACAGCAAGCUGCAGCAGUGCUGCCUGCAAGCUGGAGCCUGGAGUGUCCUUUGUGCCGGUCAUCACAAAAACAGAGUGCGGGCCUGUGAUGCACACGGCUGUGGAGCUUUCAGCUCCGAAAGAGACAGCUUCCACGGAGCCGUGGACCUGGUGUGUGACGACUACAGUGUGAUCAACGCUCCGUUCUCGGGCUCUUUGGCAGGUCCAGUGAGCCGGAAAGACCAGGCGGGUCAUCAGUACGAUGGGGUCAAGCUUCAAAGCGACGUGUACUGUGUGAAGAUCUUCAACAUCCGGCCCUACCGUUACUUUGGCCCGGUGGCUCGUGGCGAGGCCCUGGGCUACCUGCUGCCUCUGCAGGAAUGCUUCUCCGGAAUAACAUCACACCUCGAGCUGCAAAUGUGUGAUGGUUCUGACCCGUCUUCUUUCAUGUGACACCUGAUUCGGAUUUAAAACCUUCUGAGAUGUUUCCUUGUCCUGAGGAACCCGGCACCUGAACACAGCUCUUCUGUUAUAACUUAUUUCUAUAGAGGUACCAAAAGGAAACGGGUUUUACUUAUAUAUCACUCUGAUGUACUCAUUUCCAUCCCUCUCUACUAUGGCCAUAUUAGCUUUGGCUAUCUUUAACAUUUAGAGUAUCUUGAAUAUAUUUCUAAAAUAUAGAU